AUGAGGACCCAGUGGGUUUGAGGCGUUACCUCAGCCUAGGACCAGUGGGGUUUUGGGGUUAAUCAGAUGAAAACUAAUGACUGUUUGGGUGAAUCGGAUGAGAACCAAUGCGUUUUGGGGUGAAUCAGAUGAGAACCAAUGAGUUUUGGGGUGAAUCAGAUGAAGGCCAAUUGGAUUUGUGCGGUCACACGUCUGAAGCGUCCUAUCAGCGCUGCCCUUUCAGCGUGUUGUUGUUCCACUCCGGUAGCGGCUUGUUCAGGACAUUUACUCUGCUAACGGACUGAAAUAGCUAAGAAAAUGCGGUCCCAAGCUUAUAGAAGUUGUGGAUAUGGAAGAGCAAGAUAACAGCAUGUUCUGCGCGAUGUUGUCCUCCUCUGGAUUGGCGUUUUUUAAAUAAUUUCUCCGCGUAUUUUCGAAGGAAGCUCUCCGGCUCAUACGGUACAAUGUAACGGAGGUGAUUUUGUGAAGAUGGCCUGCAAAAGAUGAGAGCGAUGAAGCCCACGAGGAACCUGAUGCUGGUGCUUUGUCCCACUCUGGUGCUGGGCUUCCUUUACUACUCCUCUGGGAGACUGCACCUGCGGGCCUUUGGGCAAAAAUCACAGAACGAUGUGGAUAGCUUACUCUACGUGGGACGUGUAGUAGCAUCAGUGUAUGACAAGCAAGGAUUCCUGAUCAAACUUGAUGGAAAACUGCCCCUGGAGCUGCAGUAUAAGUAUGGCAAUCUGAGUAAAGGAGAAUGUAAGCCCGGCUACUCGGAAGCCAAGAUGACCUCAAUCUAUCCAAAGUACACCAAACCAGCCCCCAUGUUCCUCGAUCCAAAUUUUAAACGGCUAGCGAAGAUAAGCAGUUACCCGCCUCCUUUCGGCAUAAAAACACAAGAAAAGAUCAUCGAUGUUAUUUUAGCCAAGACAAAGAACUAUGGACUUGGACCUGAACUGGACAGUUUGAGUUGUAAAAGGUGUAUUAUCAUUGGGAAUGGAGGCAUCCUCUCCAAUAAAUCCUUGGGCUCCAAAAUUGAUGAGUAUGAUGUGGUCAUAAGGUUGAACGAAGCUCCCGUAAGUGGCUUUGAGAAGGACGUAGGCUCCAAGACCACCAUGCGCAUCACCUACCCAGAGGGAGCCAUCCAGAAGCCUGAACGCUAUGAGAAAACUUCACUAUUCGUCUUCUCUGCCUUCAAACCGCUGGACUUCAGAUGGCUCAGACAGAUGGUGUUCAAGGAGAGACUUCGUGGAACAGAGGGGUUCUGGAAGUCGGUAGCACGGACUGUGCCAAGAGAUCACGAGGACAUGCGGAUCCUGAACCCGUACUUCAUCCAGGAGGCAGCAUUUAGAUUCAUUGGCCUGCCGCAAAACAACGGCCUCAUGGGACGAGGAAACAUUCCGACACUGGGGACAGUGGCAAUUACAAUGGCUCUGCAUAACUGUGAUGAAGUGGCGGUGGCAGGUUUUGGGUACGAUAUGAGCGCCCCCCGCGCCCCUCUACAUUACUACGAGAAGCUCAGGAUGUCUGCCAUCAAAGAGUCAUGGACACACAAUAUACUGAAAGAGAAGGACUUUCUGCGUAAGCUGGUGAUGGCCGGAGUCAUUCAGGAUUUGACCAAUGGGAUAUGAAACCAUCACACAGAGCCAAGAGAAAUCAGAGACAUCGGAGACUCAUCAUGGUGACUUGCUCCUGCACUUUCAAUGGACGAUCAAGUAGUUGGCUUGACCGCUUGUUUUUAAGGAUUACUGGUUACUUCAAGUCUGAAUCAUUUCAACUCUACUUGUCGCUGAUCUUAAAGCCAUUGAAUAAGAUAUGCCGUAAUAUCUAAGAUGCUUUUUGAGCUUUUUCAGUAGGACAUUUUCAUUGGAUGUGAUUUGGUUUGAUGAAAGUGACUUUUAGCUUGACAAAGUAAAUUCUAAUUUUCCAGUGAAGACUUGCAAAAGAAAUGCUCAAAUGGCACCUUUGGAUAUUACUGUGUUGUAAAGUGGCGUAAGUCUAUGACAGGUGUGUCGAAACCUGCUCUGUUCAGGUGAUUUGCCAUGGAAUAAUGACUUUGCUGUUGCCAGAGACAUUUGCGUAUAGUUAUGAGAGAAGAAAAAGGAAAGUUUGUCUGUGCCAAACCUACAGCAGCUUUGAGAAUGCGCUGCCCUGGGGGCUGUUUAACAAAAACAGAAUUUCUCCUGCUCAAGAUAACUUGUCCAGUAGAAGAAGAGGUAAGGAGUGUGCCAGCUGGACAGUCCUCACUUCAGGAUGAAAGGAAUACUCCAGCAUUAUUUAACCUAAUCUCUAUUUGCUGCAUCUGUGGCAUACAGUCCAUUAUCUCUGACAGUAAUUCUGAUUUCAGAUGCAAAUCCCCUAGUAGAAGCUGAUAGGCAGAUGCUGACACAGCUUCAGUAUAUUUGGAGUCAACAGUUUGAAUAAGCAUAAAAGAACAGAAAACCCAUUGUCUAGAAGUUGGAGUAGAAUUUGUUGCCUCAGUGGCUGCUUAUUGGCUUCUGUAAUAAGUGAAUUCAAAUCAACAGGUUUUCUGUUCUUUUCUAAGUUCAGGGAGAUGCAUCUGUGUUAUAUGUUGUAGUCAACUGUAUACUAUAGAUGGGGUAGAUGGAGAUUUGAGUUUCAAGUUUCAAGUUGAUUUGAAGUUCCAAAACACUGGAGUAUUGCUUUAUAUUAUCCACCUUUACUGCGAAAAUCUUGCUUUGUGAAAUAUCUCCCUGUUCCUCUGCUGAAUGUAUUCUCAGUUACAAUCCUACAUCAGACAAACGGCUACCUUGAGAGAGAGAGAGAGAGAGAGAGAGAGAGAGAGAGACAGAGAGAGACAGAGACAGAGACAGACAGACAGACAGUCCGUCCCCCUCUGUGAUUUGGACUAAUGAUUCACAGUCUUUAGGAAACUCGGCCUUUCCUUUUAAACAACUCUUUUUAAGUAUUUUUAGUAGCAGUGUUAUUAUUACUGUUAUUUCUCCACAAGGAGGAGGAUUUUUGUUUGUUUUUUUAGUUAGGGUUUUUUUUAAUGUUCAGUAUUUAUUUUAUAGUAUUUCCGUCACCUCGCUGGAUCAUGGCUUUAAUUUAAUUCCACACAUACUUAAGGCUUUAACAUUGUACACCUCAAACUCAGGCUGAUGUUCCAGGUGGCAGUUUUCAGUGGUACUGAACGAAUUGUCAGUCUAAUUUGUAUUGUGCUCAGAAAGGCCUUUGAACUUUGCUGACGAGGGUAGAUUUGGAAUUCUGUUACAGUUUUUGUUGAUGAUGACAACCAAUCACCAUCAGCCGCCAAAUUUAGGAAGUGUUACUCAUAUGUUUGUAUGCAUAUCAAUGUGUUGCAGUAUUUGACAAAUGAAUCAAUGCAAUUAAAGUAUUCAAAAUUUGUUAA